CGCAGGAGCCCGGAACCCGGCGGCUUGGUUUCUGCGCGCGGCCGGGCCGAGUCCGCUGCUGCCCCCGUUCCCUGAGUCGGCGGGACGAGCGUGCGGCGGCACUGGCGGCGCCAUGUACGCCGUGUACAAGCAGGCGCACCCGCCCACCGGGCUCGAGUUCGCUAUGUACUGCAACUUCUUCAACAACAGCGAGCGCAACCUCGUGGUGGCCGGCACCUCGCAGCUCUACGUGUACCGCCUGAACCGCGACGCCGAGGCUCUGACAAAGAGUGAUGGGAGUACAGAGGGGAAGGCCCACCGGGAGAAGCUGGAGCUGGUGGCCUCCUUCUCCUUCUUCGGUAAUGUCAUGUCCAUGGCCAGCGUGCAGCUUGCAGGCGCCAAGCGUGAUGCCCUGCUCCUCAGCUUCAAGGACGCUAAGCUGUCAGUGGUGGAGUACGACCCAGGCACCCACGACCUGAAGACUCUGUCCCUGCACUACUUUGAGGAGCCUGAGCUUCGGGACGGAUUUGUGCAGAAUGUGCACACACCUCGUGUGCGAGUAGACCCUGAUGGCCGCUGCGCAGCCAUGCUUAUCUACGGCACACGGCUAGUGGUACUGCCCUUCCGCAGGGAGAGCCUGGCAGAGGAGCACGAGGGGCUCAUGGGUGAGGGGCAGAGGUCCAGCUUCCUGCCCAGCUACAUCAUUGACGUGCGGGCCCUGGAUGAGAAGCUGCUCAACAUCGUUGACCUGCAGUUCCUGCACGGCUACUAUGAGCCCACCCUGCUCAUUCUGUUUGAGCCCAACCAGACCUGGCCUGGGCGGGUGGCUGUAAGGCAGGACACGUGCUCCAUUGUGGCCAUCUCACUGAACAUCACGCAGAAGGUUCACCCUGUCAUCUGGUCCCUCACCAGCCUGCCUUUUGAUUGCACCCAGGCCCUGGCUGUGCCCAAGCCCAUAGGUGGAGUGGUGAUCUUUGCUGUCAACUCUCUGCUGUACCUGAACCAGAGUGUUCCCCCAUAUGGUGUGGCUCUCAACAGCCUGACCACGGGCACUACUGCCUUUCCACUGCGUACCCAGGAGGGCGUGCGGAUCACCCUGGACUGUGCACAGGCGGCUUUCAUCUCUUACGACAAGAUGGUUAUCUCCCUCAAGGGCGGCGAGAUCUACGUGCUAACCCUCAUCACUGACGGCAUGCGCAGCGUCCGGGCAUUCCACUUCGACAAGGCAGCUGCCAGUGUCCUCACCACCAGCAUGGUCACCAUGGAGCCCGGGUACCUGUUCCUGGGCUCUCGCCUGGGCAACUCCCUCCUCCUCAAGUACACGGAGAAGCUGCAGGAGCCUCCAGCUAGUGCCGUCCGUGAGGCUGCCGACAAGGAAGAGCCUCCCUCCAAGAAGAAGCGGGUGGACCCUACAGUGAGUUGGGCAGGGAGCAAGUCCAUGCCACAGGAUGAGGUGGAUGAGAUUGAAGUGUAUGGCAGUGAGGCCCAGUCUGGCACACAGCUGGCUACCUACUCCUUUGAGGUGUGUGACAGCAUGCUCAACAUUGGACCCUGUGCCAAUGCUGCUGUGGGUGAGCCUGCCUUCCUCUCAGAAGAGUUUCAGAAUAGCCCUGAGCCAGACUUGGAGAUUGUGGUUUGUUCCGGCUACGGGAAGAAUGGGGCCCUGUCAGUGCUGCAGAAGAGCAUUAGGCCCCAGGUGGUGACAACCUUUGAACUUCCUGGUUGCUAUGACAUGUGGACAGUAAUCGCUCCUGUGCGUAAGGAGGAGGAGGAAACUUCCAAGGCAGAGGGUGCAGAGCAGGAGCCUAGCACCCCUGAAGCAGAUGAUGAUGGGCGAAGGCAUGGCUUCCUUAUUCUGAGCCGUGAAGACUCAACCAUGAUCCUGCAGACUGGCCAGGAGAUCAUGGAGCUGGACACCAGUGGUUUUGCCACACAGGGCCCCACAGUCUUUGCUGGAAACAUUGGGGACAACCGCUAUAUUGUUCAAGUGUCACCACUGGGCAUUCGUCUGCUGGAAGGAGUGAAUCAACUGCACUUCAUCCCUGUGGACCUGGGCGCCCCCAUCGUGCAGUGUGCCGUGGCUGACCCCUAUGUGGUCAUCAUGAGUGCUGAGGGCCAUGUCACCAUGUUCCUGCUCAAGAGUGAUUCAUAUGGUGGCCGCCACCACCGCCUGGCACUGCACAAGCCUCCACUGCACCAUCAGUCUAAGGUCAUCGCACUCUGCCUGUACCGAGAUGUCAGUGGAAUGUUCACCACCGAGAGCCGCCUGGGUGGGGCCCGUGAUGAGCUGGGCGGUCGCAGUGGCUCGGAAGCUGAAGGCCUGGGCUUGGACACUAACCCCACAGUAGAUGAUGAGGAAGAGAUGCUGUAUGGGGACUCAGGGUCCCUCUUCAGCCCCUGCAAGGAGGAGUCCCGGAGGAGCAGCCAGCCUCCUGCCGACCGUGACCCUGCACCCUUCCGGGCAGAACCCACGCAUUGGUGCCUGUUGGUGCGGGAGAAUGGCACCAUGGAGAUCUACCAGCUCCCGGACUGGCGGCUGGUGUUCCUGGUGAAGAACUUCCCUGUGGGGCAGCGGGUUCUGGUGGACAGCUCCUUUGGACAGCCCACCACACAGGGUGAGGCCCGUAAGGAGGAGGCCACACGCCAGGGGGAGCUGCCCCUGGUCAAGGAGGUGCUGCUGGUCGCGCUGGGGAGCCGCCAGAGUAGGCCCUACCUGCUGGUGCAUGUGGAUCAGGAGCUGCUUAUCUAUGAGGCCUUUCCCCACGACUCUCAGCUCGGCCAGGGCAACCUCAAAGUCCGCUUCAAGAAGGUUCCCCACAACAUCAACUUCCGUGAAAAGAAGCCAAAGCCGUCAAAGAAGAAGGCAGAAGGUGGCAACACUGAAGAGGGCUCUGGAGUUCGGAGCCGGGUGGCACGUUUCCGCUAUUUUGAGGACAUUUAUGGCUAUUCAGGAGUGUUCAUCUGUGGCCCCUCACCCCACUGGCUUCUGGUGACUGGCCGGGGGGCUCUGCGGCUGCAUCCUAUGGGCAUUGAUGGCCCCAUUGACUCCUUUGCUCCAUUCCAUAAUGUCAACUGUCCCCAUGGCUUCCUGUAUUUCAAUAGACAGGGUGAGCUGAGAAUCAGCGUACUGCCCGCCUACUUGUCCUACGAUGCCCCGUGGCCGGUCAGGAAGAUCCCACUGCGCUGCACAGCCCACUACGUGGCUUACCACGUGGAGUCCAAGGUAUAUGCCGUGGCUACCAGCACCAACACGCCAUGCACCCGCAUUCCACGCAUGACUGGUGAGGAGAAGGAGUUCGAGGCCAUCGAGAGAGAUGACAGGUACAUUCACCCUCAGCAGGAGGCAUUCUCUAUCCAGCUCAUCUCCCCAGUCAGCUGGGAGGCCAUUCCCAACGCCAGGAUUGAGCUGGAGGAGUGGGAACAUGUCACAUGCAUGAAGACCGUGUCACUGCGCAGUGAGGAGACGGUGUCUGGCCUCAAGGGCUACGUAGCAGCUGGGACCUGCCUCAUGCAAGGGGAGGAGGUCACGUGCCGUGGGCGGAUCCUGAUCAUGGAUGUGAUUGAGGUGGUGCCUGAGCCUGGCCAGCCCCUGACCAAGAAUAAGUUCAAGGUCCUCUAUGAGAAGGAACAGAAAGGACCUGUGACCGCUUUGUGCCACUGCAAUGGCCACCUGGUGUCGGCAAUUGGCCAGAAGAUCUUCCUGUGGAGCCUGCGGGCCAGCGAGCUAACGGGCAUGGCCUUUAUCGAUACCCAGCUGUACAUCCACCAGAUGAUCAGUGUCAAGAACUUCAUUCUGGCGGCAGAUGUAAUGAAGAGUAUCUCACUGCUGCGUUACCAGGAAGAGAGCAAGACGCUGAGCCUAGUGUCACGGGACGCCAAGCCCCUAGAGGUGUACAGUGUGGACUUCAUGGUGGACAAUGCCCAGCUGGGCUUCCUGGUGUCUGACCGAGACCGCAACCUCAUGGUGUACAUGUACCUGCCAGAAGCCAAGGAGAGUUUCGGGGGCAUGCGUCUGCUGCGUAGGGCAGACUUCCACGUGGGUGCCCAUGUGAACACGUUCUGGAGGACCCCAUGCCGGGGCGCUGCUGAGGGGCCCAGCAAAAAGUCAGUCAUGUGGGAGAACAAGCACAUCACUUGGUUUGCCACCCUGGAUGGUGGCAUCGGACUCCUGCUGCCCAUGCAGGAGAAGACCUACCGGCGACUGCUGAUGCUGCAGAAUGCGCUGACUACCAUGCUACCCCACCAUGCUGGACUCAACCCCCGUGCCUUCCGGAUGCUGCAUGUGGACCGGCGCAUUCUGCAGAAUGCUGUACGCAAUGUCCUGGAUGGAGAGCUGCUCAACCGUUACCUAUACCUCAGCACCAUGGAGCGUGGCGAGUUGGCCAAGAAGAUUGGUACCACACCUGACAUUGUGAGUGCCUGCUGCCCAUCCCAGCCCAUCCCUCUGUGCUGUCCACUUGUGCUGACAACUCUUCGUCCCACAGAUCCUGGACGACUUGCUGGAGACAGACCGUGUCACCGCCCACUUCUAGCCUCUCUAAUGUUGCCCUGCCCACAUGCACUGCCUCCCAUCCUCACUUUUGUACAAAACACAAGGAGAACAAUUUGUUUGAGGAGAGUGUGUGGUCAUUGCAUUGUCAGAACCACAGUGUAUACCCGCCCCUGCCCCCCCCCCAUUUCAGGGUAAGACAUCCGUGUCACC